AUGGAGCAGCAUACAUCUGGGGAAAUCUCAGAAGAGACGCGUAUCGAAAAGAGCGAUCCAAAAACCCGGCACGAGGAUAUCACCAAGUUAGCUCGCGCUUUCUCUCGUCUUUCAGAGGAACAGAACCCAGGCUCCUUGUCCCAUGAUGCUAUCAACACCUUCCUUGACCCGACCAAGGACCCAGAGCUCGACCCAAAUUCCUCUGAAUUCAGUUCCCGCAAAUGGGUCCGCAAUAUCUUGCACAUCACUCGCGACCCAGAAAGAUUCCCGCAUCGUACAUCAGGUGUCUCCUUCCGAAAUUUGAAUGUCUUUGGCUAUGGCACUGCAGCAGACUAUCAAUUGAAUUUUGGCAAUGUGUGGUUGAAGAUGGUAGAUGUGGCACGCCAUUUCUUUGGACUGGCGCAAAAAGUGCGCAUUGAUAUUCUCCGCGAUUUUGAGGGUAUUGUAGAUCAUGGAGAGAUGCUGGUUGUGUUGGGUCGUCCAGGCAGUGGCUGUACCACGUUUCUCAAGACACUUGCCGGUGAAACACAUGGCCUGUUCCUGGACGAUGGGGCUGAUAUUCAGUAUGAAGGGAUCUCUUGGGAUCAAAUGCAUGGACGUUUUCGCGGCGAAGUCAUCUAUCAGGCUGAAACUGAGGCCCACUUUCCUCAAUUGACUGCUGGCGAAACUUUGCUUUUUGCGGCUCAAGCUCGUACUCCGAGUAAUCGACUACCAGGUGUGACCCGAGAUCAAUAUGCCUUGCAUUUGCGCGAUGUUACCAUGGCGAUGCUGGGUCUCUCGCAUACUAUGAACACCAAGGUAGGCAAUGAGUUUAUUCGAGGUGUAUCUGGAGGUGAGCGAAAGCGUGUCAGCAUUGCCGAGACGACCUUGUGCGGUAGUCCCCUACAGUGUUGGGACAAUAGUACUCGCGGUUUGGAUAGUUCUACAGCACUUGAAUUCGUCAAGAACAUGCGCCUGUCAACUGAUUACAACGGUACCACAACAAUCGUUGCGAUCUAUCAAGCGAGUCAGUCAAUCUAUGAUCUCUUUGAUAAAGUCAUUGUUCUUUAUGAAGGACGGCAGAUUUAUUUCGGUAGAGCGGGUGAUGCACGCAGGUUCUUCAUUGAAAUGGGCUUUGACUGUCCAGAUCGACAGACGACCGCGGAUUUCCUUACCUCCCUUACCAGUCCAUCUGAACGCCAGGCUCAUCCAGGCUUUGAAGAUCGGAUCCCUCGUACACCUGAUGAAUUUGCCGCUCGCUGGAAAGCAAGUCCUGAGCGACAGGAGCUUCUGGCUGAAAUUACACAGAAGAAUGCAAAGAAUCCGAUUGGAGGUCAUCAACUUCAGGAAUUCAACAAAUCCCGCGCAGCUGAAAAGGCUAAGAGUGCCCGCGCUGGUUCUCCAUACACCCUCUCAUACCUGAUGCAAAUUAAGCUCUGCCUCUGGCGAGGCUUUUUACGAAUGAAGGGUGAUAUGAGUAUGACCAUCUCGACUAUUAUUGGCAACACAAUCAUGGGUGUUAUCAUUUCCACUGUCUUCGUUAAUCUGCCAAAUGACACGUCUAGCUUCUUUCAACGAGGUGCACUGCUUUUCUUUGCUAUUUUGAUGAACGCAUUUGCGAGCUCAUUAGAAAUUCUCACUUUGUGGCAACAACGACCAAUUGUAGAGAAGCAUUACAAGUAUGCUCUUUAUCAUCCAUCAGCGGAAGCCAUUAGUGCAUACAUCGUGGAGCUACCAUCCAAGAUAUUGGUCGCCAUCACAUUCAACCUCAUCAUCUACUUCGUUGCGGAUCUUCGACGAACCGCAGCUCAUUUCUUCAUAUUCUUCUUAUUCUCGUUCACUACAACAUUGGUCAUGUCAAAUAUCUUCCGAUGGAUCGGAGCUGUUUCUCGUGCCAUGGCUCAAGCCAUGGUUCCAUCUUCGAUUUUCAUGAUGGUCCUAGUCAUUUACACCGGUUUUGCCAUUCCGACGCGUGAUAUGCAUGUUUGGUUUAGAUGGUUGAAUUACCUCAAUCCAAUUGCGUACGCUUUCGAAUCAUUGAUGGUCAAUGAGUUCAGUGGUCGUGACUUUAACUGCACGGCUUAUGUUCCAGAUGGCCCAGGGUAUGCAGACGCCCCUCUGAGCUCAAAGAUUUGUGGCGAGAAUGGCGCUGUGGCUGGUCAAACCUUUGUCAAUGGGGAUAACUACAUCAACACAACUUACGAGUACUAUAAGGAACAUCUUUGGCGAAACUUCGGGAUUCUUAUCGGAUUUUUCGUCUUUUUCUUCAUCCUCUACGUUGUCUGCAGCGAGUUCAUUCGAGCCAAGCCCUCAAAGGGUGAGAUUCUCGUUUUUCCUCGUGGCAAGAUCCCAACUUUUGCGAAGAAGAUCCGCAAUAAUGAUUCAGAAAGUGGACUGUCUGAGAAAGAAAAUAUUGGAGAGCCGCAACCUGAAUCUGAAAAUCAGACUGCCCACCUUGCAAAGCAAACUGCCAUAUUUCAUUGGGAGAAUGUCUGUUAUGACAUCAAGAUCAAAGGAAAUCCUCGUCGUAUCCUUGAUGGCGUAGAUGGCUGGGUUAAACCGGGUACACUGACAGCUCUUAUGGGAGUGACUGGUGCCGGAAAAACCUCAUUGCUGGAUGUGCUAGCUGAUCGUGUGACUAUGGGAGUGAUCACUGGAGAUAUGCUCGUUGAUGGGCGCCAGCGAGAUAGUUCGUUCCAGCGCAAGACAGGUUAUGUGCAACAACAGGAUCUACAUCUAGAGACUAGCACCGUUCGUGAAGCCCUCACUUUUAGUGCACUUCUCCGACAGCCUCACAGCAUUCCCUACAAAGAGAAGAUCGCAUAUGUUGAGGAAGUCAUCAAGAUGCUCGAUAUGGAUGAAUACGCAGAAGCGGUCGUUGGUGUUCUAGGCGAGGGAUUGAAUGUCGAACAGCGCAAGCGUUUGACCAUUGGUGUGGAAAUUGCUGCUAAACCCGAUCUACUUCUUUUCUUUGAUGAGCCUACAUCUGGUCUUGAUAGUCAGACGGCCUGGUCAAUUUGCUCGCUGAUGCGCAAACUGGCUAAUCAUGGGCAAGCGGUGCUCUGUACGAUCCACCAGCCCUCUGCGAUCCUGAUGCAAGAGUUUGAUCGUCUGCUAUUCCUGGCUAAAGGUGGUCGCACUGUGUAUUUCGGAGAACUUGGCUCAAACAUGGAGACACUGAUCAAAUAUUUCGAGGAUAAAGGCUCAAUCAGCUGUCCCAAGGAUGCCAAUCCCGCAGAAUGGAUGCUUGAAGUCAUCGGUGCUGCGCCAGGCUCCCAUGCUGACCGUGACUGGGCCGAUGAGUGGGUUAAUAGCCCUGAGCGUGUUGCUGUUCGUGCGGAAUUGGUCCAGCUGAAGGAGAAGCUCUUACAGAAGCCUGUCAAACCUACGACCACAGGCUACGGGGAAUUCGCAACGCCUAUCUGGUAUCAAUUUCUCAUCUGCAUUCGCCGUAUGUAUCAACAGUACUUCCGAAGCCCAGGAUAUCUUUACUCCAAGACCGCAAUGUGUGUGUUUCCACCUAUCUUCAUCGGAUUCAGUUUCUGGCGCGAACCAAAUACCGAACAAGGCCUUCAAAAUCAACUCUUUGCAAUCUUCAUGUUACUCAUCAUUUUCCCCAAUCUGGUCCAGCAGAUGAUGCCCAGUUUCUGUGUGCAGCGCGCUUUGUAUGAAGUGCGCGAGCGUCCUUCCAAGGCAUACUCCUGGAAAGCAUUCAUGUUGGCCAGCAUAUUCACCGAGCUUCCGUGGAAUAUCAUCAUGUCUGUGCCUGUCUAUUUCUCAUGGUACUAUCCAAUUGGACUCUAUCGCAACGCAGCGGCUGGCGAGGUGACAAACCGGGGUGGGACCAUGUUUUUACUCAUUCUGGUCUUCUUGAUGUUUGCUUCGACAUUUAGCUCGAUGAUGAUUGCUGGGAUUGAGCAGGCUGACACUGGUUCUAAUCUUGCUCAACUUCUUUUCUCGCUUUGUUUGGUGUUUAACGGUGUCCUUGCAAGUCCUAGCCAGUUACCCCGGUUCUGGAUCUUCAUGUACCGCGUCUCACCAUUCACCUAUCUGGUCUCCGCAGUUCUCUCGGUCGGUCUAUCGGGAAAUGAGGCUAAAUGCUCCAGCAUCGAGCUGUUAACUGUGAACCCACCUGACGGACAGAAUUGCUCUACCUAUCUGGACACCUACACGAACAAUUACGGAGCGACGCUAAUGAACCCCGGUGCCAUCAAGGAUUGUCAGAUGUGUUCCAUUUCAACAACUGAUCAGUUCCUCGCAGAAGUCAAUGUUUACUACAGUGACCACUGGCGGAAUAUCGGUCUGCUCUUCGUCUACAUUGUAUUCAAUAUCUUCAUGGCUAUUUUCCUGUACUGGCUUGCGCGGGUCCCGAAGAACUGGUCUCGUAAGGUUAAGCAGGCAUGA